UUUAUCCUCUCUCUCUCUCUCUCAAUAUCAUCUUUUUAUAUAUAUAAAACUUAUUUCUCAGCUUUUUUAAUGUAUUUUAUAUUUCCCCUUUGAGCAAGAAAAGAGUUGCAGAGAUCUUUGAGUCUGACACAGAGAGACCAAACUCACAUAGCAAUCACACACAUCUCCACAAACACAGCUUGAGAUGAUCAUGAAACACGUGCAUCCUCAGAUCUCUAUCAAUCCAGCUUGGUGAAAGAAGAAGAUCAAGAAUUGUCAGAGAAUCAAGAAAACGUCACCGUUUCAUUCGUGAGUAAAAACAGUAUUCUCUACUAAUUCUUUAUAUAGAUGGCUGCUUACUUCCACGGGAACCCACCGGAGAUCUCAGCCGGAUCCGACGGUGGUCUACAAACGUUGAUCCUCAUGAAUCCAACUACUUACGUUCAAUACACCCAACAAGACGACGACUCGAACAACAACAACAAUAAUAACAACAACAGCAACAACAACAACAACAACACAAACACAAACAACAACAGUUUCGUUUUCCUCGAUUCCCACGCGCCGCAGCCUAACGCGAGCCAGCAGUUCGUCGGAAUCCCACUCUCUGGCCACGAAGCUGCUUCCAUUACAGCCGCCGACAACAUCUCCGUACUUCACGGUUACCCUCCGCGCGUGCAGUACAGUCUUUACGGUAGCCACCAAGUGGAUCCCACUCACCAGCAACCCGCGUGUGAGACGCCACGCGCGCAGCAAGGCCUCUCUUUGACCCUCUCGUCUCAACAGCAGCAGCAACAGCAACAUCAUCAACAACACCAGCCUAUCCACGUCGGGUUCGGGUCAGGACCCGGAGAUGAUAUCAGGGUCGGGUCUGGCUCUGCAGGAUCGGGGGUAACAAACGGAAUAGCGAAUCUUGUAAGCUCCAAGUACUUGAAGGCAGCGCAAGAGCUUCUUGACGAAGUAGUCAACGCUGAUUCUGAUGACAUCAACGCUAAGUCCCAACUAUUCUCUUCCAAAAAGGGGAGUAGUGGAAACGAUAAGGCUGUCGGAGAAUCCUCUACUGGCGCUGGAGGAGAAGGUUCCGGUGGCGGAGGAGAAGCUGCCGGGAAACGUACGGUGGAGCUAGGCACGGCGGAGAGACAAGAAAUACAGAUGAAGAAAGCAAAGCUUAGUAACAUGCUUCAUGAGGUGGAGCAGAGAUAUAGACAGUACCACCAACAGAUGCAGAUGGUGAUCUCGUCGUUUGAGCAAGCGGCAGGGAUAGGGUCAGCGAAGUCAUACACGUCGCUUGCACUGAAGACCAUAUCAAGACAGUUCCGGUGCUUGAAAGAGGCGAUCGCUGGUCAGAUAAAAGCCGCCAACAAGAGUCUUGGAGAGGAAGAUUCGGUGUCUGGUGUUGGAAGGUUUGAAGGGUCGAGGCUCAAGUUCGUGGACCAUCACUUGAGACAGCAAAGAGCUCUUCAGCAGCUAGGAAUGAUUCAACAUCCUACCAACAAUGCUUGGAGACCUCAGCGUGGUCUCCCGGAACGAGCUGUCUCAGUCCUUCGUGCUUGGCUCUUCGAACACUUUCUUCACCCAUACCCUAAGGAUUCGGACAAGCACAUGCUUGCCAAGCAAACAGGACUCACUCGGAGCCAGGUAUCUAACUGGUUUAUAAACGCGAGAGUUCGGUUAUGGAAACCGAUGGUGGAAGAAAUGUAUAAACGGUGGCGGAUCAGCUACAACUGCACAUUCAUCAGCCGCAGCAGCCGCUGCUUACAAUGGGAUGAACAUACAGAACCAGAAGAGAUAUGUUGCUCAGUUAUUGCCCGACUUCGUUGCGUAAACCCUCCUAUCUCUAAACGGAGAAACCGAAACAGGUUACUAUACGUUUCUAGUUUUUAAUUAGUAUAUAGUUUUUCUUAUACCAUUGAACCAAAACAAAGAACAAAAUUUAAUUUUAGUCUUUGGUUAUAUAUGGCCGACGGUUGUAUAUCGAUUUUGUAAUUUUUUUUUUCGUUUUAUUGGGGGAUGGAUAGGGUCAUAUAUGUAUAUGAAUUAGUUACGUGUAAUAGCUUGCUUUAAUUUGGGUGUAUACCAAAAUAUAUUUUACUUUUAUUUCUAUGUAAUAAUAAGAUAGUGAACUGAUCUA